AUUCGCCGCACAGAUCACUCCCAGCAUCCCCCCGCCAGCCUCGACAUGUCCGCCGCCGUCGGCUCGCCGUUCCGGGCCGCCCCCGCCGCGCAGCACCGCCGGAGUGGGCGCGCCGGCGCCGUCACGCUCCGGUGCUCCAAGGUGGCCGCGGCCGCGCCCAUCCUGGACGACCUGAGGCUGCAGUGCGCGACGCCGCUCCCCCUGCUGCGCCACGUGGCGGGCGCCAUGGCCGCCGGCAUGCGCACCGGGCUCGCGGCCGACGGCGCCGGCGAGCUCAAGAUGAUCCCCAGCUACGUCUACUCGCUCCCCACUGGGAGUGAAACAGGGCUGUUCUAUGCUCUGGAUCUGGGAGGCACCAACUUCAGAGUGCUGAGGGUGCAGCUGGGUGGAAAAGAUAAGCGCGUCGUCGACACCGAGUCUGAGCAAGUGUCGAUCCCAAAAGAGAUCAUGCAUGGUACAACCGAGGAGCUGUUCGAUUUUAUCGCUUCCCGCCUAUCGAAAUUUGUAGCGAUGGAGGGUGGUAAUUUUCAACUUCAGGAAGGUCGGAAAAGGGAGAUAGGCUUUACCUUCUCCUUCCCGGUGAAGCAGACUUCUAUUGAUUCUGGCAUUCUGAUCAAGUGGACCAAGGGUUUUGCUGUAUCUGGGACUGCCGGGAAGGAUGUGGUUGCCUGUCUAAAUGCCGCCAUGGAGAGACAGGGGCUUGACAUGAGUGUAUCUGCUCUGGUAAAUGAUACCGUUGGAGCCUUAGCUGGAGCGCACUAUUGGGACGAGGAUGUGAUGGUUGCGGUGAUUUUGGGAACCGGCACAAAUGCUUGCUACAUUGAGCGAACAGAGUCUAUCCCAAAGCUCCAACACCUCGGGCUUGGAACAGGAAACACGAUUAUCAACACUGAGUGGGGAGCAUUUUCAGAUGGUCUUCCACUAACUGAAUUUGACAAGGACAUGGAUGCUGAAAGCAUAAAUCCUGGUGAACAGAUAUUUGAGAAGACAAUUUCUGGGAUGUACCUUGGAGAAAUUGUUCGGAGGGUGCUGGCCAGGAUGGCUCAAGAGUCUGAUCUGUUCGGUCACUCUUUCGCUGACAAACUAGCCGAGCCAUUUGUUCUAAGAACUCCGCAUUUGUGUGCUAUGCAACAAGAUAACUCCGAAGACCUUGGGGAAGUUGAAUCAAUUUUGCACGACAUCAUCGGGGUCAAUCAAUCUUCUGUAGCCGCACGAAGGGUUAUCGUAGAAGUUUCCGAUUGCAUCGUCAAGAGAGGUGGGCGGUUGGCUGGCGCCGGCAUUGCUGGCAUUCUUCAGAAGAUGGAGAAUGAUUCCAAGGGACUGAUAUUGGGGAGAAGAACAGUGGUAGCGAUGGACGGCGGACUUUACGAGAAUUACCCUCAGUACAGGUCGUACAUGGUUGAGGCUAUGGCGGAGCUGCUCGGUCCACGGGACAUGGAGCACAUUGUCGUCGAGCACACCAAGGACGGCUCCGGCAUCGGUGCGGCACUUUUGGCAGCUGCAAACUCAAAAUAUGCAGCAGCUCAGCUCUUGGCGUGAUGUUCAUUCAUUAGGAACUUGCGAAGCAAAGAGUUUGCUCUAACAUGCUAGGAACCUUGGGUGUGUUCCGGAAAUGUAUUCUCGUUCUCAGGUACAUAUUGCAUCGAUAAAAACUGAGAGGUAGAUAACAUUAUCUUCUUGGGUGACUUUUAACAUCACUCCUCAGUCUCAGAUGGUUGAGAUUACUUGUUAGUAUUGGACUGCAGAAUCUGGUAUGUUUUAGCAAUGUAAAAUAAAUUCAGUUA